UCCCUCUCGUUCUAGCCCCAAAGCAACGUCUCUCGCGCCAAACACGCAGAAAAAGAAGCCCAACAUGAUAACCACACAGGAAACCUUUGAAAUUGCGAAAACUACUGCUAAGCCGAAUCCAGGCAUUGUCGUAGUUGCCCCAGUUGCUUCACCGUUAUCCAUCCGACUUCCCCGAUUGCAGCUCACAGUUCAUCUCGAACAACAGCUCCAUCCUCCAUUGACCCUCUUUACUCGAUUGCUUAUAUCAAGCAUCACGCACUACUUUUGA